AUGGGAAACACAACAGAUUAUAGCUUAGUAUAUGAGAAGUAUUCCAAUGCCUUACUGGCAAGUUCCAUUUUGACGUUAUUCGGAGCUGCGGUGGGAAUCACAGGAAAUUUCAUAAUUAUCGUGAUUUAUUAUUUUCGUAUUAAGGAUAAAUCUGAGCGCUACUUCAUCCCUGUGUUGGCAGCAAUGGAUCUAACAGCAUGUAUCAUAAAUGGAUACGGAAACACAGUUUUAAACACAUACAUGUUUGACUUUUCUGGAGAGUUUCAUUGCCGUGUUAUUUGGUUCCUGGAGUUGUUCAUUUCUGGCUUUUCCGGUCACAUGGUUCUGAUCAUAGCUCUCCAGCGAUACCUACUGAUCUGUAAACCCUUUGGUCCUCAUAUGACACUGUUCUGGAAGAGGUUUGCCGUUCUGGUAACAUUGCUAGCCACGAUUUUAUACGCUGCACCAUCGCUAGCAAUGUCUGGAAUCAAAAGUACCGACCGUGUGUUCUUGUCAAGAAAUAUCACCACCAGGAUGUGUGUAUUUGUCGUAGAUUACACGGGGGCUGCAAUAACGUACAGUGCAAUUCUACUCUUUCUUACUGUGACCAAUGCAAUAGUCUGCAUGGCUCUUUAUCUUCCAAUCAUCAAAGUUAUCCAUAGUUCUUUUUCAACAUCACAAACAUGCAAGACUGUCUUUCCUUUCUGUGGAAACCGCGACAACACAAUUUCUGACAUCGAAAAUAGUAUUAGUUCUACCUUUGAUGGGAAGCAUCGGGUGUGGCUGAAUGAUAUUUUAAAGGACAUACAAACGGACGAUGCAGUAGAGACUGUAGGGAAUUCACGAACAGAUCUUAUAAGUCUGGACGAGUACAGCCAAAACAACAUGCACGAUAUCGUAUUAGAGAGAAAUGUAGAUAACUGUGGGAAUGGAAAGCAAAACGAUGGGGCAAAUAUUUCCGUUAUUGAAAUUACUGUCAAUGAUCAAGAAAAAGGCCACGAUAUGGGUGCCUCUCAUCAAAUAGAUGCCUUUGUGAACCAAAGAAAUGAAGGUGAAGAAAUUCAAAACAAUAUAGAUCCGAAUAAUUCUUCAUCUCUGGAUAUUUGUAGUAAAUCCAGCCGAAAAGAGGAUAACUUUGAAAGUACAAGUACUAAGCAAAUAAAUCCUUCAAGCUCCACGGCCAAAAAUCGGAAUGAGACAGUUGGAAUCGCAGAUGGCAAGAAUAAUACAUUAUAUUCUGAAAAGAUUCCUGGCAAAAACAAAACGUGGACAUUUAGAAAUGGAAUGAAACUCUUUAGAUCAUCUUCCAAGCUUGAAAGAAUGAAAACAACAAUGAAUGUGAUGUUUUUGACGAUUAUUGUAGUGGAACGCAGUGACUAA